GUUGCAAUUCGACUCAUUAACAACGCAUUGGAAUCAGCUUAUGAUCUUUCAACUGAAAGCGAAAGAAACAGAAAAGGGAAAAUACGAGAGUUGAACAGAAAAAUAAGAAUAAAAACGAAAUCCAUAACACAAAUAUUGGUUCGCAACCGCUCACAUAGAAAAGAAAAGAAGCAAAAGCAAAAAUGAAGGCCUACUUCUACGACGACCUUCCAGGCGACCAGCGCGAGCCGCACGACUCGGGCAAGGCGGUAGACACCGACGGCCUCGCCAGCAUCGGCGUGCUCUACUUCCAUCUGCCCGACGUGUCGUCGGUGGACUCGCUGGCGGCGUCGCGGGGCUACCGCAACCGCGACGAGAUCACCGUGUCGCCCGAGAAGAUGGGCGACGCCUACGAAGACAAGGUCAAAUCCUUCUUCUCGGAGCACCUGCACGAGGAUGAGGAGAUUAGGUACAUUCGCGACGGCCACGGCUACUUUGACGUCCGCGACCGCGCCGACCGCUGGGUCCGGAUCCAUCUGGACAAGGGAGACCUCAUCAUCCUGCCUGCGGGUAUCUAUCAUCGGUUUACCACGGAUGAUAGCAACUACAUUCAAGCCAUGAGACUGUUCAAAGAUGAGCCCAAGUGGACACCCCUGAACCGUGUACCGGAGCUCGAAGACAACGAGCAUAGGAAGAAGUAUGUCGACGAGUUCCUCGAAGGCUGCUCGCGUUCAUGAAUGUCAUUUUGUUCACUAUAGUCAAGGUAACUACCUAAGGUAUACAGGAAAAAAA